CAAAUACAUCUUUACAAUUUUGACUUUCUUCUUGAAAAAUGUCAACAACGAAAAAACUUCAAACUACAAUAGUACAGUACACACCACUCCAAAAUGUCCAUUCACUAAAUUAGUAGAAGAAAUAUUCAAAAUGAGAAAUCAAACUAAACUAAAUGACAUUAAUAGUGAAGGAAAAUUAGUGCUUAACUCUAUAGCCGAUGUGACAACUGAUAUUAAAAACUCAAAUAAAUCAGUACAAGAUGCUCUAGUAAACGAUAUAAUAGCAUCCAUAAAUAGAAUAAAGAAUAAUAUUACUCAAGGAAACGAUGAAGAGAGAAAUCUAAAUGAAGCAAUAAUAUUAAACGUUCCUAAUCAAUUAGAAAAGGCUGAUCGGAGGAAUGAUGAAAUAAGUAUAAGUGGAAUCAAAAGUGGUAUUGAAGAAAAGUUCGAUGUCAAACUAAAUAUAUCAAAGAAUAAUAACAAAAAGAAAGCACCAGAACCCAGUACUACUACUACUACUACAGAAAGAACAACCUACGUCGAGAUUUUGACAAUAGAACCAAAUAAUACCAAUAUUAAUAAUACCACAUCCCUUAACAUAAUAGAAGUACUGAAACAUCUUAUGCCGAUGUUUAAUAGUACCAUGACUAAAGAAUUACAUAACAUUACUAUAAUAGAAAGAGAUCAUAGCAAAAAUCACUCAUUUUCCGCUACGAAGAAUGUUUCUACCAUUGUUGUUACAUACUGUGAUAACGAAAAUUAUACAAAAGCUAAUGUAUCGUUUCAAAAUACAGAAACAGAUUUAAAGAUACCCAGCAAUAAUACAGAUGAUGACUACCUUAUUAAUGAUGAUGAUGACGAAUAUGAUUAUAACGAUUUUGUGCCUGAAGUCAACUUAACUAAAAACGAAAAGAAAGAUAUAAUGGAAGCUGCUGAGUACGGAAUGCAGAAAAUGCAUGAGUUGUAUGCAGUUAUGGAACCAAAGUUAUAUUCUAUGGGCCUAUGGUUAGAGGACUCCAACCCCGCCCGGUACGUGGCCGCCUUCAACGCGCCCUCAGAGGAUGCGGCCAAGUUCUACCGCUACGGGUAUGCUUCACUGCAAGCUGCCGCCAAGCUAAAACAGCUCACCAGGAAAACAAUAAUGCUGUAA